GGCAUGUCGACCCCCACAUUGGAAUUGAACCCAGCUGGUAGCCCCGUUCUGGAGCACAUGGAGCCCUCCACCCCUCCCUCCGCUCUGGAAGCGGACCCCAACUCAGCGGGCAGCCCAGGGCUCAGCCCGGACUCCUUCUCGCACGAUGCCACCCUGUCUGUGCCAGCCUGCUCCCCCGCCGACUCCGACAGCCUGAGCCCCGAUGAGCUGGAGCUGCUGGCCAAGCUGGAGGAGCAGAACAGGUUGCUAGAAGCUGACUCGAAGUCGAUGCGCUCAAUGAGCGGCUCCCGCAGGAACAGCGGCUCCUCUCUGGUCUCCAGCUCCUCAGCCAGCAGUAACCUGAGCCACCUGGAGGAGGACACCUGGAUCCUGUGGGGCCGCAUCGUCACCGAGUGGGACGAGUGGAGGCGCAAGAAGGACAAGCUGCUCAAGGAACUGAUCCGGAAGGGCAUCCCGCAUCACUUCCGGGCCAUCGUGUGGCAGUUGCUAGGCAACGCGACGGACAUGCCAGUGAAGAACCAGUACUCCGAGCUGCUGAAGAUGUCGUCUCCGUGCGAGAAGCUGAUCCGCAGGGACAUCGCUCGCACCUACCCCGAGCACGACUUCUUCAAAGGGCAGGACUCCCUGGGGCAGGAGGUGCUCUUCAACGUCAUGAAGGCGUACUCACUGGUGGAUAGGGAGGUGGGGUACUGCCAGGGCAGCGCCUUCAUCGUGGGGCUGCUUCUCAUGCAGAUGCCGGAGGAGGAGGCGUUCUGCGUGUUCGUCCGCUUGAUGCAGGAGUAUCGUCUACGAGAGCUCUUCAAACCCAGCAUGGCCGAGCUGGGCCUGUGCAUCUACCAGUUUGAGUACAUGCUGCAGGUAGGGGGCGCUCUCACACACUGCCUUGUCCUGUCCAGUCCAUACACAGGUCCUCAUUUUUGUAAAGCAGUCGAUCAAUCAAUGCAGUCCCGUCUCUCAG